GCCAUUACAUCGUCAUCUCUUUCUCUUCUUCUUCCAAUUUGCCUCCUCUCAUUUUUCAUAUACCCGCACAAAAUAUAACGCGCACCCUUCUUCAUCUCUCUCAUUCUCUAACGAUACAAAGCGAUUCAGCAUUCAAAACUCAACAAAAAUGGCUUCCAUCAGUCUCUCUCUAGCUCUCUCUCGUCCUCUAGCAUGCAAAAACUCUAAACUUUUCAAUGCAACACCCUUGAUGCAACUAACUGGUAAAUCAUCCAUUAGUAUCAAGGGUGUUGGGAAGGGCAAAGCUAUGUUGAUAUCAGGAGGGGGUGACCUCCUCUCCUAUCCCAAUGGCCAUAACCUUGCAAUGAAAAAUGCUCUUGUUGAUGAUCAAUCAUUUGGGAUUGAGGUACAACCUGAUGUGAUAGCAUUGGGAGCCCUUGCAGCAGAUACUGCUCCCACGACUGUUGGGUUUCCGAUUGAUAGUGAUGACUUUGAUUUGGAUUCCCCCACAGAAGGUUUUUCUUCCAUCCCUGAGGCCAUUGAAGACAUUCGCCAAGGAAAGCUUGUUGUGGUUGUGGACGAUGAAGAUAGAGAAAAUGAAGGAGAUCUAAUAAUGGCAGCUCAGUUGGCAACACCUGAAGCAAUGGCAUUCAUUGUAAAGCAUGGAACAGGAAUAGUUUGUGUGAGCAUGAAAGGGGAAGAUUUGGAGAGGUUGGAUCUUCCUUUGAUGGUAUCACAAAAGGAAAAUGAGGAGAAACUUUCCACUGCAUUCACUGUCACUGUGGAUUCCAAGCAUGGGACAACCACAGGGGUGUCAGCUCAUGAUAGGGCAACUACUGUAUUAGCUCUUGCUUCUAGGGAUUCAAAACCUGAGGAUUUCAACCGGCCUGGCCACAUUUUUCCUCUGAAAUACAGGGAGGGUGGUGUGUUAAAAAGAGCUGGACAUACAGAAGCUUCUGUUGAUCUUGCCAUGCUAGCUGGAUUGGACCCUGUGGGAGUUCUGUGUGAGAUUGUGGAUGAUGAUGGUUCCAUGGCUAGAUUACCAAAGCUUCGUGAAUUUGCUAGGCGUGAAAACUUGAAAAUCAUAUCUAUUGCUGAUUUGAUAAGGUAUAGGAGGAAAAGAGAUAAAUUAGUAGAACGUUCAUCUGCUGCAAGAAUACCGACAAUGUGGGGGCCAUUUACAGCUUACUGUUAUAGAUCAAUCUUAGAUGGGAUUGAGCAUAUUGCAAUGGUUAAGGGUGAGACUGGGAAUGGUCAGAAUAUUCUUGUGAGGGUACAUUCUGAAUGCCUCACUGGAGAUAUAUUUGGGUCAGCCAGGUGUGAUUGUGGUAAUCAACUUGCACUUGCAAUGCAGCAGAUUGAGGCUGCUGGUCGAGGUGUGUUGGUUUACCUCCGUGGGCAUGAAGGAAGAGGCAUUGGUUUAGGUCAUAAGCUUCGAUCUUAUAACUUACAGGAUGAUGGGCGGGAUACAGUGGAGGCAAAUGAGGAACUUGGGUUGCCUGUUGAUUCCCGGGAAUAUGGCAUUGGUGCACAGAUACUAAGGGAUCUGGGUGUUAGAACAAUGAAGUUGAUGACCAACAAUCCUGCAAAGUACAUUGGACUCAAGGGUUAUGGUUUGGCUAUUGCAGGAAGAGUUCCGCUGAUAACUCCCAUCACAUCAGAGAAUAAGAGAUAUUUGGAAACAAAACGUGCCAAAAUGGGCCACAUGUAUGGACUAGAAUUAAACGGCCAUGUAAAUAGUCUCAUUAGCAGUAAUGGUAAUGGUAAACCAAGCAAUGGUUCUUCAUCCGAUGCUGUGUCUGAUUCAUAGGCCAUUCAGUCAUGAAAUGAGGAUGAAUUCUGACAUGAAGGAAAGGCAGAAUAAGCUUUAUUGCCUAAACCGGUUAAAGAUAUCAGAUGAUUUCAUUUCUCUGCAAUACUUCGUCCAGAUUCAAUAUUGUACUGAGUGUAAUAUUGUUUUUGAGGUUACUGAGGAAGAGGGAUUCAUUCAUUUUCUGUACAAGAAAUCAAAAUUUUAUUUGAGUUUGGGUUAUGCGUGAUGUAACAUAUUUUUCUUGGUAUAUGAAUUCUGUGUAUAGAACCUUCAAUUCUUGUA